AGAACGGCGGGGCUGCUGGAAGCGCCGCGUGCGCCCACGGGCGGGAGUUGUGCACUCGGGCCUACCGCGCGCCAGACCCCGCCUCUCGGAGGCCCCGCCCAGGGCGCGCUGCCAGGGGUUUCCAUGGUGAUGGUAAACAAGCCUCAACUGCCUCCGCUACAACUGCCAAGUUACCCGCGUUCCACCCUCUAGGUGCUCGGAGGGACGACCGUGGUGCCGGAUGUGAAGAAGAGCGGGAGCGUGGAGACUCGGAGCCCGAGGACGCGUUUCCAUUGGUGACAUCUUGGCGGGCCCAUCGGUGGCACUUCCUCCUUUACACCCCGUGACCCACGUCCGGCCCGCCGCCCUCAGUCACGCGGCCUCUGCCUCUGGGACGCAGCCCCGCGCGCCGGCCUUCCGGACUCCGGACCCGUCGUGGAACUCUUCUCCCUCCGCGUCCCUUCUGCCCCAGGAAGUCCCCCCGACUCGACUCAGGAGCUCCGCCCCCCACGGGUCCAGGGAAACUCUUUCCUGGCCGCCCCAGAAAGCGCCCCCCUCCGAGGCCCCGACUCGGGAGCUCCGCCCCCUCCCCCGCGGCUCCGGGAAGCUGGGACGGAGAACGCUGGCCCCACCUCAUUCCCUCCUCGGCGGCCUAGAAGUUCCCACUCCCGCCUCCGUUAAUAACAAAAGGAGACGCACCUGGACUUUCCCGGAGCCUUCUGCGUUUUUAAGCGUCGGGUGGAAUUAGGGGUCCUUUGGCUGUAAACCGCGCUUGUUUGAAAAUAGAAAUCAGUCCUGCUCCUCUCAGCGGACAAUUCGUUACCUACCAGGAGUGUCUCCGACUGUGGGCAUCCCCUCCCCCCCGGGUUGUUCUUUAAGCCACAAAAAGCUGCACCCAAGCUUGUUUGACGUCAGUCCUCUCAAGUGUCCAUGAUGCUGGGCCCCGAGGGAGGUGAAGGCUUUGUGGUCAAGCUCCGUGGCCUGCCCUGGUCCUGCUCUGUUGAGGAUGUGCAGAAUUUCCUUUCUGACUGCACAAUACAUGAUGGGGCUGCAGGCGUUCAUUUCAUCUACACUAGAGAAGGCAGGCAGAGUGGUGAGGCUUUUGUUGAACUUGAAUCAGAAGAUGAUGUAAAAAUGGCCCUUAAAAAAGACAGGGAAAGCAUGGGACACCGGUACAUUGAGGUGUUCAAGUCCCACAGAACCGAGAUGGAUUGGGUGUUGAAGCACAGUGGUCCAAACAGUGCCGACACCGCCAAUGAUGGCUUCGUGCGGCUUCGAGGACUCCCAUUUGGAUGCACCAAGGAAGAAAUUGUUCAGUUCUUCUCAGGGUUGGAAAUUGUGCCAAACGGGAUCACAUUGCCUGUGGACCCCGAGGGCAAGAUUACAGGGGAAGCCUUUGUGCAGUUUGCCUCACAGGAGUUAGCUGAGAAGGCCCUAGGGAAGCACAAGGAGAGAAUAGGGCACAGGUAUAUUGAAGUGUUCAAGAGCAGUCAGGAAGAAGUUAGGUCAUACUCGGAUCCCCCUCUGAAGUUCAUGUCUGUACAGCGGCCAGGGCCCUAUGACCGCCCUGGCACGGCCAGGAGGUAUAUUGGCAUUGUCAAGCAAGCGGGCCUGGAGAGGAUGAGGUCUGGUGCUUAUAGCGCAGGCUAUGGGGGCUAUGAGGAGUACAGCGGCCUCAGCGAUGGCUACGGCUUCACCACUGAUCUGUUUGGGAGAGACCUCAGUUACUGUCUCUCAGGCAUGUAUGACCACAGAUACGGAGACGGCGAGUUCACUGUCCAGAGUACCACUGGACACUGUGUCCACAUGAGAGGGCUACCAUACAAAGCCACAGAGAACGACAUUUACAACUUCUUCUCUCCACUCAACCCUGUGAGAGUCCAUAUUGAGAUUGGCCCUGAUGGAAGAGUGACGGGCGAAGCCGAUGUUGAGUUCGCCACUCACGAAGAAGCUGUGGCAGCAAUGUCCAAAGACCGGGCCAACAUGCAACACAGAUACAUAGAACUUUUCCUGAAUUCCACAACUGGGGCCAGCAAUGGGGCGUACAGCAGCCAGAUGAUGCAAGGCAUGGGGGUGUCGGCCCAGUCCACUUACAGUGGCCUCGAGAGCCAGUCUGUGAGUGGCUGUUAUGGGGCUGGCUAUGGAGGCCAGAACAGCAUGGGUGGAUAUGACUAGUUUUGUAGGAGCAUUUGAGUUAUUGCAAUCAAAUUUUCACAGGCAGCCAACAAGCAGUGAAAAGCAAUUAUUACUCUAGAGGAAGCUGUGGGACCCAUUUUGCACCAUGAGUUUGUGAAAUCUGGAUUAAAAAAUUACCUCUUCAGUGUUUUCUCAUGCAAACUUUCUUCUAGCAUGUGAUAUUGAGUAAACUAAAACUAUUUUCAGCUUUUCUCAAUUAACAUUUUGGUAGUGUACUUCAGAGUGAUGUUAUCUGAGUUAAAGUAGUUUUGAGUACAUUAAAUGGAUCUUUUACACCACAUCACCGUGAACACAUUGGGGAGACGUACUUUUUUGGAAAACUCAAGGUGCUAGAUCCCUAAUUCAAAGAGGAACAUUUCUCAUGUUUGUUCAUUCUAGUUUAUUUUCAUUUAAAAUCUUUUAGGUUAAGUUUAAGCUUUUAAAAAUAAGUUAGUUUUGAAAAUUGAGACACAUUACUAAUACUGUAGGAAUUGGUGAGGCCUUGACUUAAAACUUUCUUUGUACUGUGAUUUCCUUUUGGGUGUAUUUUGCUAAGUGAAACUUGUUAAAUUUUUUUGUUAACUAAAUUUUUUUCUUAAAAUAAAGAUUUUUCCACAAUGA